GGUGAAUUGCCGGAGGUGCCCCUUCUUUUCCCAGUCCGAGGCUCCGGCUCCUUCCGGGUCCAUUUUGUCUCGAGGGCGGCAGAGCGCACUUUUCUCCCUUCCGCCAAAAAGGCGAACUGAGGCGGGGAAAUCCGCUCCUGGCCAGCCUCGACGGCUCCUCCUCCUCCUCCAGGCUUUUGUGUCAGGCCCCUCGGGGGCAACGCCACCUCCGCUGAGCUGAGGCGGGGCCGCCUUUUCCUUUCGUUUUCUUGUAGGACCUGCUUCCUUCGCGGCAAUGGAAAACGGGGCCCCGGUCUACGCCGAAACCACCGUCCCCGCCGAGCAGCCGCCGGGUAAGGGCCCCCGCUGCAUUGGCUGCACCACCGCCCACUUGGGCUUUUUGCGACUUUCGUUCAAGAUUUCGCAACUGGUGCUGUCCCUCCUAGCCUUUGUGUGUGAAGAAAUUGUAAAAGAAUGCACUAGUUGUGGUGGGCUGUACUUCUUUGAGUUCAUCAGCUGCAGUGCCUUCCUCUUGACUAUUCCGAUCCUUGUCAUAUAUUGCACUUCGUUCUAUGAGAAGACAGGGAAGGAGAAAGUAAUGCAAUUGGAUUUCUGGAUUGUUUCAGUCGUGGGGGCCUUUUUCCUACUAGCUUCAAUUGUGUUUUCUGCAACCAGUGACAAAACACCAGUUGAAAGCACUGCUAUUGCAUUUGGCUUCCUUGCAACUAUAGCGUUCCUUGUGGAUGCUUUUCUGAUGUAUCUGAAGAAGCGUAAAGCAAAAGAAGAAAGAAAACCAGAAAACACAGCCAACACACUGAAUGCAACAGAAAAUCAACCACUGAAUAACCAGCAAGUCUAAACCACCCCUUGUUAUUACUCUUAGAUGCUGAGUGAAACUGAAAUGAUUCUGCCUUUAAGGUGUGUCCAGAUUAAAUUUCAUUUCAGUUUUGAACUCGCCUCACUGUCCUAGCACUUAGUUUUUGCACAAAUCCUGUGCCUGUCCAGUUCUUGAAUUGUGAGCCCCUUUCCACCCUCCUUCAAAAACACUUGAUUUGUGGAGUUGCGCCCAUUUGUAUGUGAUUAUAGAUUCCUAACAAAUAGGAUAUGGAUCUUGAAAAAUGAGAGAAUGCUGGGAACUGGGAAGUAAUUUGGGCUUCUGCCAAAAGAAGAAUCUGAGUAUAGGUGCCCAGGUGCAAAAGAGGCUAGGUGCAGUGGUGCAAGUUCAGAAUAUAAUUAAUUUAAUAAAGGAAAAGACUCCAAUAAUGAAGAGACAGUGGCUGAAAAGAAAGGGACAGUGUGAGGCUUCUGCCCAGACUAAUUGCAAAACAGAUGUCUUUCAUGCAUUUAUAUAGGAAAAACUAGGAAGUGGGGAAAUAAAACAGUGGCAGGAACUUAGAUGUUGUGUGGUCUAUGCAGUAUCCUCACACAAAAAUGAAAAAAUGGAAAUGGACUGCCUUCAAGUUGGUCCUGAGUUAUGGCGACUCUAUGAAUAGGGCUUUCAUGGUAAGUGGUAUUCAGAGGUGGAUUACCAUUGCCUUCCUCUGAGGCUGAGAGGCAGUGACUGGCCCAAGGUCACCCAGUGAGCUUCAUAGCUGUGUGGGGAUUCGAACCCUGGUCUCCCAGGUCGUAGUCCAACACUGUAACCACUACACCACACUGGCUCUUGCCCCCUAGCAAAUCUGUCUCCCCCAAACACAUAGAUGCUAAUCUGGAUACAAUCCAAAUUCUUUACCUGAGGGAACUUCAUUUUCCCCUCUUAUAUCAUCUAUCUCCCUGGCCACAAACCUGGUUUUUUUUUAUUGAUGAUAUCUUGAGAAGAAGGAUUUUAUAUUGCAAGUGGGGACCUGCAGCAAACUCUUGCAGCAUAGAAUGCCCCAUUCAGGAUUCCAGCUGCUUUGUUUGAUUCCCACCCCAACACUUAAUCAGCAUUCUGUGUCCACUUGGGAAUGUGUAUGUGGCAUACUCCCCUGAAGGUUUUUUCUAAAGAGUUUUUUUGUUCUUCUAAACAUCUUGGGGUUCCCCCAAGCCUGCUGAUACACUCCCUCCCCCCGUAUGUGGGUGACGCUAUUUUGGCUACCUAAGGACCAACACUGGAGAAUUGCUAUUGGUAUUGGUAUAUAUGAUUCUUCAUAAUAGUAAUAAUUGAAAUUGUCCAUACUGUCUUUUACCAUUUUGUAAAAUAGCAUUAGAUACAGCUUCUGUCUGUCUGUCUGUCUUUGAAUUUAGGCCUAAAUUUUGUACAGUGAAAUAAGUAGAACUCUGCAUUUGCCAUAUGUUUAGGAUUCUGAAAGAAUUAUUACAAUUUUAAGGAGUAGACAAAGGUAAAGAGAAACAUUUUCACUCAAAAGUAACAACUUAAACUGUGACAAAGUUAACAACUUAAACUGAAACUUUAAAAGGAAAUGCUAUUAAUAUAAAAAGGGCUUGGUUAAUGUUAUGAGCAAGUAUAAAAAGCAACAUUCAUUUCCCCCCUCAAAUCUUAUUCAUAAAAUUUUUAAUGCUGUGAUAUACUCAUGCUACUUCUCUUGUGUAGCUGGUUGCAUGUUUCUUCUGUUUAUAAACAAAAAUUGAAUAUCAGAGAUCAUAAAAUACUUUGGGGCAGGGGUGUAUUCUGUUGGUGACAAUAAGUCAACCAGUGACUGCUCAUGGUACUUGGCAUUGCAGCCCAUAUGACUGCAAGAGUGUUGUUGAUGAGCAGAAGGAAGCAUGGUCAAGCUUUGUACAUGAUGCUCAAAGCCAAAAAGUAUAUACGGAGAGUUGAAGAGAAGGCUACUCGUAAUGCCUGUAUAGGAAUACAUAUGCAGUAAAACAUUCUAAGGCAUCUUGGGGUUUUGUUUUUGUUUUGCAAGUAGAAAAACCAGCCUCCAUGUAGCAGCCAGUUAGGCAAAGCAAAUACCUGUUGUCAGGCUGCCAUGACACCUUCCACGUGUGAGGUGCUAAGACAACUUCCCCCCAGUUUCCCAGGACAGGUCUGCAUAUUGAAGCAGCGUUGAAAUUAGAAAGGGGAUAUAUUUAUGGCAUUUUUGGAUUGAACAGAGAGCUUUUGUCACAGCUUGUUGUUUUUAAAGGAGCAAUACCUGGGUUUCAGAGGGAAAGCUGCAAUUGAAAUUGUGCUUGAGCAAACAGUUACAGGUGACUAACCUCAAACUUCAUUUGCCCAGUAUUUCACAGGUGUAUUUCCCAUUACUUUUCUGUUGUUUGUAUAGCUAGGGGUUAUCUUGAAAGCUGGGAUGCAAGAAUGCAGGUUCCUUGGUAUAUUUUCCAGGUGUGUUUGCUUACAAACCUUUUGAGUCUAUUUAUGAAUGAUAUUUAACUCCCAAAUUAUAUUUAGGUCAAGUUGUGAAAGCUACUAGAAGGUUGUUUGUUUCUACUGAGCAUAUAAACGGGAGACUAGGGCUGCAAUCCUAUACCCAUUUACCUGGGAGUAAGCCUCAUUGAACACAGUGGGACCCGCUUCUGAGUAAACCUGCAGAGAAUUGGGCUGUAAAUUUCUGUUUGCUAGCUAGCAGGGUCAGUUUCUGUUAACCUUUGAGAUGUGAAAUGUUGCCCUGAUUGGCACCACCUCAAGAAAGCCAAAUGGUAAUCUUUCCACACAGUUUGAUGUUGGAAAAUACAACGGCUUAGAGCCUCUUGCUUGUUCAAGUUGAAUUAAUGUAGAAGAAAAAGUACAGCAGUGAUUGCUUAACAAUACAGGUUUGGAAAUACCCACUUGCCUGGUUUUCCAUGGAGAGUAAUGAUAGCCUCCAAAUGAUCUGGCAGGAAAGCUCCUGUAAACUGGAAGCAAGUUGGUAUCUUUCCCUUUUCACGUUAUGAGUGUUAUAACAUUAAAUAUGUGUGGAUAGAUGAUGAACUAGUGAUAUAUUUAUUUAUAGGGUUGUUUUCACAUGUAUCAGCACAAAUUGUAAUAGCGUGUCUAUAAUACAUCUCUAUGUUGCUCCCUUCUAAUUAUCUUCAUUCCAAGUUUAGAACCUUUUGUCAUUGCUAAUUUUGUUGUUGCUUAAUUCAUCUUGUAAAGAAUUGAGACACUCUAUUGGACUUGGUGAAAUCUUGUUGACUUUAAUAGACACAGUGGGUCCUAGUUCUGGGUAAAUAUGUUCAGGGUUGCACUACUAGACAACUUACCGUGGAGUCUCUGAAAGUAUACUAGCUUAUUUCCAGAAUAUGCAUAAAACUGUUUGGGCAUAAAAUUAGGAUUACCAACUUUUGUUCUUGCCAUUUCUGCUUCAAAGCUGAUGCAGAUUUUGAAAAUAUUACUUAUGUUUCCAUCUCUGAAUGUGCGCGUGCACACCCUGAAAAUGUAGCUGCACCCACGAAUGCCCAUUUUAUACCAGUAAUUGGAGGCAAAAGCAAAAGCUUUUGAACAUAUUAUGUUGGAUUCAGACUGGUAGUCACACAUCAACAUGAUUGAAAUCAAUAGGACUUAGUUGUGACUAACUUGUUGCAUAGAUUUCAGGCAGACUAAAGCAGGGAUGGUGAACCCAGUAACUGUAUCCCUCAAGAGUUUUUUGUGCCCCCCCAGGACCCCCAUUUGUCUUUUUAAAAAAUUGAUUGCUCAUGUGUACUCCCCCCAGUGAUGCCAUGGCAUCAAAAUGUUUUUUGUGCCCUCCCAGAUCUUUCCAAAAUGUUCAUUUUUUAAAAAAAAAAAAUUUAACAUUAUUUUUUAAACUGAUUACUCCUAUAGGACACCCACUGGGAUAGUAUGAUGCACUUUCACAUGUGAAACACUUACUCUUCCUGGAGAUAUGACCUUGGCUCAUUAUAGUCCUCAGCCCAAGAAGGAUUAGCUACUCCUUGACUAAAGUAAGGGUGACUCAGUGUGGAUCCAACCCAUUGUGUUUGCAGCCUUAGAGUUGAAGGAGAGAGGCUUGCACAAUGUGGGCUAGGAGCAUGCUCACUGUUAUUUUUUACUUUUCCCUAUUUUAGGGAAACUUUUAAAAACUGCUUUUAGAAAGUCCCCUUAGUUCCAAAAGUGUUUUGUCACAUGGCAUGGAGAGCUACUAUUUGAAAGAGAUACACUCCAAGGCCUCAUGGGCACACAGAACUAGGGGCGCUGUUUUUUGGAUCCCAGCUACUGUAUAAUCACAUACAUUCCAUCCGUAAUAUAGGAAACAUUUGAAGAAUGGUCAAAUGUAAAGAUGGGUAGAGACUGGUUUUAAGAAAUUAUAAUCAGAUUUUAAAAUGUAGGGUAGGCAUAACAAUGGAUAGAAUAAAAAUACUAAUAGCAUAUACUUUGUUAAAAAUGGUUAGGUAAUUUUUAACUGUGUAUUAUAAUAUUGACUUCAUUUUGGAGAUGUAUAAUGACAGAUCAACUCUUGCAUAAACUGUACACUUUGUCAACUCAUUUACAGUUAUGCUCUCCAUUCUACAUUGUAGCCUGGCCUUUUUAGUAUCCAUUAUUAUUGUCACUGGGAUUCACGUGAUUACAAAAUGAUUGUGUUUUUAUUAAAAGUUGUAGAAACCAUGUUGCUUUGAAGUACUUUUCUUUUCUGCUUGAAGAAAUGGGGACAAAUGGUUACAUCUUUUGUUCUGAGCGGGGGCUGAAUCAUUGACCUGUGUUACAAGGAACGCUUUGCACUACUAAAUAAAACUGGAGUUUAGGCCGUGCCUUCCUUUUCAGUGAGGUUUUUCAGGGAAAUCUCUCAUGAACCAUCCUGCAAAAUAUCCCAGAGUGGAUGGAACUAUUCCUGAAGCAAUGGAUAUCAUGCCUAUAAAUCAUAUGCUGCCCUGGGCUACUACUGGGAGGAAGGGUGGGAUAUAAAUCAAAUAAUAAAUAAAUAAAUAGUACAAGAAUUAUUUUGCUGUAUAUUAGACCCUUCAGGCCUCAACAAGCAUAAUAGCAGGGUUCUUACAGUGUAAGGUUAAAAGUUAUAUCUCUGGUGCAUCAUAUCGGAAGAAAAAUUGGGUGAAUUGUAAGUAAGUUAGCAAAGUUUUUUUAAUAGAAGGUAUGCUUGACAUAAAUAAUUCAUCAUUAAAAUUUCCAGUCAUGCAUGACAUAGAUUUGCUUCUAAGUAUACUCUUUCAUAUACCAACUGCUAGACAUCCCUCAUAUCAUCCCUUAUAUCUGCACAGUGUUUAGUGUAGGCUGCUAUCUGUCUUGUUCUAUGCACUUUUUGUAUUCCUUUUGACCAGACAUGUGUGACACAUUCCUGCUGUUGAUACUUUUGAAAAUGUAUUAUAUUUUUAUUCCUCCAAGGAUUGUACAUGGUUCUAACAACCUUUUUAUCUUUACAACAACCUUGUUAGGGGUUAAAAGAUGGAAGGCAGAUUAGGUUAAAAGAUGGACGACUGGCUCAAGGUCACCUAGUGAACAUCGUGGGUAUACUGGGCUUUGCAUCUGGGUCCCCCUGGUUUAAGUCAGACAUUAUAAUCUUCAGUGAUUUUAUUAUGUAUUCUGCUGCUGUUUUUAAUUAUUGUGUUUUCUUCAUUGUAAAUUGUUAUGGUUUUGUGUUGUGUUGAUAUUUUGUAAGCCACCUUAUUUUGGUAAAACAGGGUAGGUUGUAAAUACUAUUUUUUAAAAAGUUAGUGUCAUCAUAGGAGCAAUAAUGGAAGUCAUCUCUUCUGUUUCACAUUACAUUAUGUGUGUGGUGGAAGGGGUGACAUAUUCCUAUUCUCUUGCUACGUGUGUAACUUUGGAACAAGGCCACAGACUUACCUGCAUUACAAACCAAUAAAAUAUUGUUCAUUC